AUGAAGAACACUAGCCUGUCGUCGAAGCUCGCCCAACUGAUGAUACUUCUGGUUCUCUCUCCCGCACUAGGUUUCGAUUUCAUCUACUUCCUUCAACAGGUACGCAGACCCAUCAGCCAGUUUCUCUGACUUUGAAUUAAAAGAAAGGGGGAGGCGUCUCGUUCUAACUUCUGCGGUGUGUAUAGUGGCCGGGGUCUCUCUGUGACACCAUGAAGAGCUGUUGCUACCCAACGACCGGGAAGCCUCCGGCCGACUUCCGCAUCCACGGCCUCUGGCCUAACAACGCGGAUGGUACCUACCUUUCUUUCUACAAACCCGAGGACGCUUUCGACAUCACCAAGGUGCAAUACUCUCUCUAUCUCUCUUUCCCUCUCUCUCUCUCUUUCCCUCUCCCUCUCUCUCUCCCUCUCCCUCUCUCUCUCCCUCUCCCUCUCUCUCCCUCCCUCCCUCUCUCUCUCUCCCUCCCUCCCUCCCCCCCUCUCUCUCUCUCUCUGUCUGUCUAUCUAUCUAUCUAUCUAUCUGUCUCUCUCUCUCUCCUUUUCUCUCUGCCCGCCUCUCUCUGUCUAUCUCUCUCUCCUUUUCUCUCUGCCCACCUAUCUCUAUCUAUCUAUCUAUCUAUCUAUCUAUCUGUCUAUCUGUCUAUCUCUCUCACCUUGUCUCUCUGCCCACCUCUCUCUAUCUAUCUCUCUCUCUCUGAUUUUCUCUCUCCCCACCUCUCUCUGUCUAUCUAUCUAUCUAUCUAUCUAUCUAUCUAUCUGUCUGUCUAUCUCUCUCUCCUUUUCUUUCUGCCCACCUCUCUGUUUAUCUAUCUCUCUCUCUUCCCUCCCUCUCUCUCUCUCUCUUUCUCUCUCUCUCUCUCUUCCUCUCUCUCUCUAUAUGUAACUAUCUAUAUACACUGUUAUCAUUCUUCUUCUUUCCCUUGCUCUUCGUCAUCUUCCUCUUCCUCUUCUUCCUCCCGGUGUUCCCUCUGGCAGAUCAGCGACCUGAUGACGCGGAUGGUGUCGGAUUGGCCCACGCUGGCGUGCCCGAGCAGCAACGGCCGCCGGUUCUGGAAGCACGAGUGAGAGAAGCACGGCACCUGCUCCGAGUCCGUCCUUGACCAACGUCAGUACUUUGAGACCGCCCUCUGCCUCAAGCGGGAGGUCGACUUGCUCGGAGUCCUCCAAGUCGCCUGUAAGCCUCACGGGGGCGCUUCAUCGUUUUGCGGCGGCGAUAAUAGCCCGGUAUCAGUUGAAUACAUGGGGCCUGCUCUACGACCCAUCGCUAAAUAG